AUUAAUCCCCCGUCCCUACAAUGAGGAGUUUGGAUUCAGUCCCCACAAACAACUGCUCCAUCAGCCAGUUCAAGCACACCGUCUACCCCAUCGCCUACCUGUUCAUCUUCUCCCUCGGGCUGGUCGGCAACGUCACCUCGCUCAUCUUCUUCGUUGCUUCUUCAGUCCGAAAAAAGGUGUCUUUAACUCCGGUGAACAUCCUCAUGCUCAAUCUCCUGCUGUCAGACCUGAUGCUGGUGUGCUCGCUGCCUUUCCGGGCCUCCUACUUCCUCAUGGACUCCAAUUGGGUUUUUGGGGACGUCACUUGCCGGAUCAUGUCUUACGUCUUCUACAUUAAUAUGUACGGAAGUGUCUACUUUCUCACCAUACUUAGUAUGGUUCGGUUCGUGGCCAUUGUCAAGCCGUUCGCGUAUGUACGUUGGCAAAACCCUCGACGAGCCUGGAUCAUCUGCAUCGCUAUUUGGAUGAUCGUGUCUCUAGCCUCCAUCCCACUUCUGAAAGCAGGAACGUAUAAGGAAAAUGAAAAAAUCAGAUGUCUGGAUUUGGGACACUCCAAUUUGGAAACUAUUAUUAUUUUAAACCGUGGCGUGCUGUUUUUAGGAUUUGUCGUGCCUUUUGCAAUCAUCUCGGUGUGUUAUAUCUUUGCAGCUGUGUAUUUGAUAAAGCUCAAGAAGAGGAACCAAAGAUCUCAGUUCAACCAGAAAAAGUCCUGCUCUCUCGUAAUCAUAGUUUUACUGAUUUUCCUGGCAUGCUUCAUGCCUUAUCAUGUCGUCCGAACUCUAUUUUUGGAGGCCGAGAGGGAUAUUAAAAUCAAUGGUUAUGGCGAUUCUUGCCUAUACAUUGAAACUUUAAGAAAAGCGGCAGUCGUCACGCACGUUCUGGCGUCUGGAAACAGCUGUCUGGAUCCGCUGCUGUUCAUUUUCGUUGGGGAAAACUUCAUCCGCUUUUGGAAGCACCAGUCGCCCAGAAGACAGAGUUGUAUGAUUGAGCAGAAUGUGAAAGGGUAAACAACGGUGGUAUAAAGAGAGACGAUUAUGACUGGAAUGAAGUCUUUGGGAUCUGUUGGGACUUGAGAGGGGGAAAUUCCCGGAAAAAAAGGCCAUAUCUGUGUUGGAUCACGACAAGGAAGAACUCGAUUAACCUCGAAAAUCAUGAUGAUUAUGUGUCUAUCUAGAGUUGACUGAACUUGUAUAUACGUUUGCAAAAUAAUACCACUUUUUCAAGAUAACAAAAUUAUGCUAAUUAUGCUAAUGACAAACUUUGGAUUGGUACAAACUAAAUCUGUCAAUUAACCUUUCUGUAUUUUGUGAUUCACCGGUGUUUUCAGGUUAUUUACGGACAUGAAUCGCAUUAUUGGACUUUAAUCUUGACUUUUGGUGUUCAACUCUGCAGUUAAACAUAGUGACUUUUAUUGACAUUUUAGUAGUUUAAAACCAUUUAUCGUAUACAAAACUAUAUAUAAACAAUAUAUGAGCAAUACCACACGAGUAGCAGUGAGAUAUGGCUGUAUAUCGGCACUGGUGGGAGUCGUGUGUCCUUAGUGUCCCACAAGUGACGAUAUACAGCCAUAUCUCACUGCUACUCAUGUGAUAUUGCGUUUAUACAACAGUUCGCUGUCAUAAUCGUGUAUAUAAAAAAGAUAAUCAAAAACGGAGAUUCUAAAAACCCUUUUGUAUGAGGAACUACUUUCUUCCGUCAUUCAUUCACAUCUGCAGCUGACGUCAGAACAGCAGAAACCGUUGCUACUUCACAAACGUCACUUUAAAGCUAGUAUUUGAAUGAUUCUCUAGCGUAAUGUCUAAAGUCAUGACAAAACUGCUGAUUUUGCUCACAUUUUAUGAUUAUAAGGCUGAACGGCAUGAAAUGUCAUCAGUCUACAGAGAUUUCCCAGUAUUCUCUGAUGCAAUCAGGAGAUCACAAGAAUUUGCCCCCAAAAAGCCAAAGCAAAGCAAACACUAGCAGAUUACUGUUGUGUUUGCGAUAAGGAAAAUCGCCAAACACAUGCAGGCAUUUCUUCUUUCUUUCUUUUUACUGAACUAGUCUGCAGUAACGAAAACAGGAGACUCAUUAUGCUGCAUUCCCACCAGACGUGGAACGUGGAAGAAGCGUCAAUCACAAGUGAUUUACAUGUUAAGUCAAUGCAAAGACACAAAGAGACAUCCUGCGGCACGAUACGCUCGAAUGGCAGGGCGUGAAUGACGUGAUACGCGCAAAUCGCAUGGCACGUUUUGCCCGUUUGACAUGCUUAAUGCGCGUUUCGCGCAAAUUGCUCACGUUCAAAAAUCUGAACUUGAACUGAAUCUGCUGCACUAACCAAUCAGGAGCUUUCUCUUGUAGGGGCGUGCUUAUGACAUAGCGCCUGUUGUUGGUGUCCCAGGGGGAAAUCCUCCAUCUGACAACGAAUAACAGUUCAUCAAACUGAGCUCGGCUCAGUCAGAAGCACCGCUGACAGCCUCCACCGUCUAGGUUAAAUUUCUGGAGGAUUUUAUGAACUCACAGAGCUGGGUGCACCUCUGAAUGGAUCAAGUGGACUCAGACACGGCCCCAAAUAAAUCAACGCUGUUUUUCAGCCUUCAUAAAGUACAUAAACACAGUUAUUGUCUCAAUAAAAUCCAUGUUAGCCAUUUAGCAACGAAGCUACAGUCACCGGGCAGACAGAAACACUGUCCAUGACACGAAACUGCAUCUGUUGUGAAGUGAAUUUGACGCGUGAGUAAAGCAGAUCUGACACGCAAAUGAAUCUGAUUUUGAUGCGCAAAUGAAGUGAGUAAACUCAAAUGUUCACACGUCUAUUUACGCACGAAUAGCGCGAUUUAUCUGUGCGUUCCAUGUCUGGUGUGAACACAGCAUUAGAAUCAAACAGAUGGCUAACCAAAAAGUAACUCAGGGUUAUACAAAGAGUGGCCAACACAAAAUACAAACAUUCCUGAUAUCUGAGUCCCAUCUCACACUCAAUACACUACAACUACUAUGGUAUAACUACAGCACUAGAACAUACAAAUGAGAGAGGUCGACUUACCAGGUUGUCAGGUUGGGAAAUGACCAGCUAAAACCAGCUUGACCAGCCUAGCCAGGCUGGUAGCUCAGCCAAAACCAGCUAUGUCCAGCUUAAACCAGGCAGCUCAAGCUGGUUCUAAUUGGUAAUUUUCCAGCCCGAUCAGCUAGGACCAGGCUGGAAAUGGCCAAAUCCCUCUAAAACCAGGCUGAUUGACCAGCUAAAACCAGCCAACCACUAGGCGUGUUUAACCGUCUUUGCUCAGCUCAAUGACAGGCUAAUGUCAAAAAUGAUAAAUAUUUAAAAUAGGCACUAUCAUGCUGAAAAAAAACAGCUUAAACACACCUAGUGGUUGGCUGGUUUUGGCUGGUCAACCAGACAAGCUAAGACCAGGCUGGAAAUGGCUGAAAAUCAGCCUGGAAUUGGCCAAAACCCCUCUAAAACCAGGCUGGUUGACCAGCUAAAACCUGCUUACCAGCUUAGGCUGGUUUAAGCUGUUUUUUUCAGUAGCGAUCCUUAUAAAUAAACUGCAUAGUUGCAACCUAAGAAACUACAUUCUCAACAAAAAAGCCUCAAAAGUACAUUAUGUUGUCCAACAGCUGCAGUGUUUGUCAAACCGUAGUGUCCUCUGCUUGUUGCUGUAUGUGGGUGGAGUAAUAAACAAGGGUGAAGGGUGAAGAGGCUGGACGAGUGCUCUUAUUUGCAAAAUAUCACACGGCUAUCAGCCAAUCAGAUUCAAGAACCAGACAGAACUGUUGUAUAAAUAUAUAAUAAGUCUGUAAAAUAACAGAAAAGUACUGGUAAGUACUGUUUUAGAGUAGUGUAUUAGUAUUAUAAAAGUACUGUAUUACACUCAAUUAACAAUUAAUAAUAUAGAACAAUAUUCAUUAUAUCACUUCAAACAAAAAUGACACUCUAUAUAUUACUUAAAACUAUUAAAAAUGUCAACAAAAGUGACUUUUUUCCAACUAAUCAACAUGAAACGUAACGAUCAAAGUUCCAUUAUGCAAUUGAAAAGCAUAAUAAAAUCAUGAAUCACAAAAUACAGAAAAUGUUUUAUUUACAAU